AUGUCACUCUCCGAUAAAGCGCUGACAAGCGCUCUCUCCAAGACUGUACGCGAUGUCUUCCACAGUGACGAGAAAGAUAAAUUAAGUGUACGAUUCAUUAGAACAAAAGUUGAGCAGGAACACGAAUUGAGUGACGGUUUUCUAAAUGAAGGAAAAUGGAAGGAGAAGAGUAAAGGGAUUAUUAAAGGAGAAGUCGACAAAUUGAUGCAAGAGGAUGGAGAGGAAGAGGAGGAAGAACCUGUAAAGCCAAAGAAUAUCAAGAAAACACCUGUGAAGAAGGCUACACCUGUUGCGAAGGGAACGAAACGAGCUUCGGCCGAAAAGAAGGCACCUCCACCAAAGAGACAAAAGAAAGAGGAGACCCCCGUUUCUGAUUCCGAACUUUCUGAGCUUGAAGAAACAGAAAUAUCAGAAGUUGACUCCGAAAUAAGCGAAAACGUACCAAAAGCCAAACCAAAGAAGCAAGUCAAGAAGGCUGUUAAAGCCAAUUCGGACAAUGACGCCAGCGACAAUGAAGAUGAGGUAGCGCCCAAGAAAGCUAAGAAACCAUUGAAGAAAGAAGCCGUCUCCUCCGAUUCUGAAUUGUCAGAUAUCCCAUCAAUCACUCCAUCCGAGGCAAAAGCUCCUCUUAAAACCAUGUCCCCAAAGAUUCAGGAUUCCUCCUUGUCGCCUCCUCCAAAAACAGAAGAAGAAGCCUCUGAACCCUCCAACAACAAAGAUGCGGGCCACGAAUCUGACUCUUCAGCUAUGUCAGUCGUUCUUGAUGGUCCUUUAACUACCAAAACUCGUGCCAAGAAAUCUAAAUCCGCAUCGUCCAAGCCAUCUAAAGUAACCAAAACCGCCAAACCUAAAGCUGCAAAGGCAAAAACUACAGCAGAACUCUCGCCUAACGAGCAGCUCAUUAAAACUCUUCAGUCACAACUUGUUAAAUGUGGAAUUCGCAAAAUCUGGGCUUUCGAGUUGAAGAAAUGCGAGACAGAGAAUGAAAAAAUUAAACAUUUGAAGAAUAUGUUAACGGAAGUGGGUAUGACUGGACGUUUUAGCGAGGGGAGGGCGAAAGAAAUCAAGGAGAUGAGAGAAUUACAGGCUGAUUUGGAAGCGGUGAAAGAGGGCGAGAAAGCAUGGGGAUUGGGCAGAGGUUCAAGGAGAAGUGGGGGUGGUGCCAAGGAGGACAAGAAAAAUGUCGAGAGUAGUGAGGAUGAUAGCAAAAGCAAAAGCGGUAGUACUCAAGAAGAGGAUGAAGAAAGUGAUGAUGAAGAAGAUAUGGAGCUUUCUGCUAGGGCUAGAAGAAAGAAUGAUUUAGCAUUCCUGGGUGAUGAGGAAAGUAGUGAUGAUGAUUGA